UGGCCACAAGAGUCCCCUGCAAUCAUCAAUGGUAUCAAGAAGGUCAUGGCUUCAAGAUGGUUCCACACAUCAAAUAAAAUCAGUUCAGAAAAGUGAUAGAGUAUCAAAACUAGUCAGCUACAAAUCAAACAGUACAAACAAUUUCUGCGUUAUAUCACCAUCCAAGAGAAACAGACCUGUCAGUGCUCCACCAGGUCAGCUAAGAUGCCAACCACUUUCUUCUUCAAAAUUUCACUUGGCCCCGAAGGCCUUUGAUAUGCCUCACGUUUUUGAGCGGCAGCCACAAAUACUCAGAGUAACUGCUUACAAGAAUGGUACAGUAAAUAUAUUUGCUAAAAUCGCUGUGCCAUCUUUUAUUACACUGCUGCUGGAAGAGUGCACUGAAAAGCUGAAGCUGAAUAUGGCUGCACGACGAGUCUUCUUGGCAGACGGCACUGAGGCACUAGAUGCUAGAGACAUACCCCAUGAUGCUGACGUUUAUAUUUCGUCUGGAGAGCCCUUUUCAAAUCCAUUCAAAAAAAUUAAAGACCAUCUGUUGUUAAUGAAGAAUGCAACUUGGACAUUGAAUGGUCUAGCCUUUCCUAAAGGUGUCAGCAGAAGCCAAACCAAACCUAUGCUUUCCAAACGCAUGGAGAAACUGACAGAUAAGCCCUCAAUCAGACUUUUGGUGUUCAAGAACUGUGUAGGCCAGGAUGGUUAUCAGAUAUCUGCUGCCCCAAGCCAAAUGGAAAAGUUUUUAGAUAGUUGCACCAAGCGACUGAACCUUACUUCACCAGCAAAAUGUGCCUAUAACAUGCAUGGAGAAAGAAUUAAAGAACUCGUAAAUGGUAAGAAAUUAUACAAUAAAUUAAACAGUAGAAAUUAUACAAUUAUCUGA